ACUUGUCAGCUUUCUUGCUCUCCCCAUCUUAAAUGCUUGCCUUUUUAACUCCUUUUACUACUUAAAUGUUCUUCUCCUUAUUGUUGUCUUCCAACUCCUUGAAGCUGAACAGCUUAUAACGUCAAAUUCAAAAAAUCCCACAAAACAAGAAACCUCUCUCCUCAGAAUCAUGAAUUCCAUAGCUGCCACCUCUGUCAUCCUAGCCAUCUUCUUGAUUCUCGCGGCCUCCUCUUCCUCCGCAGUCCGACCCGACCCGAAUCACCCCGAUCACGCCACAGAUGAAAAGCCCCACCAGAGCCAGAGCAAAGGUGGGGGUGGUGAUGACAGCGGUGGGUAUGGAGGGUUCUUCGGACCCGGAGGUGGGUUCAACAUACCCGGGUACGGAACUGUUGGUGGGUACGGAGGGUACGGAGCCGGGUAUGGAGGUCCGAGCGGAGGGUACGGCAGAGGUGGCAUCAUAAGGCCAACUGUUGUGUGCAAGGAAAAAGGCCCCUGCUACCAGAAGAAGCUGAUUUGUCCCGCCAAGUGCUUCAGCUCAUUUAGCCGAUCUGGAAAAGGGUACGGCGCCGGUGGCGGUGGCGGUGGCUGCACCAUGGAUUGCAAGAAGAAAUGUGUUGCCUAUUGUUAAGCACAUAAAGCUGGUGGCUCCUCUAUGGUUGGGUUGGGCUCGGCGUUCUUGGUUACUACUGCUACUACUACGACUACUAAACUAGAAAAUGGUAUGGUGGCUGCUUUUGUUGCAAGAGUUUUCUAUAGUUACAGAAGUAUUUUAAGUAUUAAUAUGACUAUAUAAAGAAAAAACGCCAUGUGAUGUAACUUAUGGUAUUGUUACUUGGUGUAAUGUGCGAGUAUGUGAGCUUAAUUAUGCAGCCAAUGAGAUAUUGUGAGGUAUUAUGGUAAUUUGGGUGUGAAUUUGGUCCUUUUUUUU